AUGACCGCAGAGAAGUCUGCCGUAAGCGCUGCCGGCGGCACCACCAAGGGCGACGAGAAGCGAAUCCGCAAGAAGCGCUCGCGAGCCAAGAAAGUCAAGCCCACCUUCAAGUCCAAGAUCGUUGUCCGUCGACUUCCGCCCAAUCUCCCGGAGGAGGUCUUCCAGCAGACCAUCUCCAAGUGGAUCGAUGGCGUCGACUUUUCUGUCUAUUAUCCUGGGAAGCUCUCGACCAGCAAAGCCAAGGAGAACCUCUUUUCGCGCAGCUAUCUCAACUUUACCACCCAGGAGGCCCUGAUCGAGUUUUCCCGAGAAUACAGCGGCCAUCUCUUUGUCGAUGGGCGGGACUCGAAGGGCUUGGGGCGACGACUCGGCUCGGGCAUCACUGGCAUCCCCGAGCCUCCUCUUCCGCCACGUCCUCGAGUUGCGGCAGGAGGAUUGCUGGAGGGAACUGGGGUCUUUGCACUUUUCGACGUCCAAGAGCCAACGAGGGCUGUCUCCUGUUUCCAGCUUGGCUCGGGCAUCUGCUACUGCCGCAAUGAGUAUCGUGCUCUUGUCGAAUUUGCUCCGUUCCAAAAGGUGACUCGCAGAAAGAAGAAGCCGGAUCCCCGAUGCGGCACCAUCGAAGAGGACCCCGACUAUAUCGCCUUCCUCGAGUCGCUCAAAGAAGAUUCGAACGCCAAGCAACUGGCGAGUGACAUGUCGGGCGAAACACAGCUCGAGAGGCUCGAAAAGAAGUUGCUGUCGAUGCAGGUGUCGGCUUCGGGCCCGGCCGGUGGUGCUGGUGCCGGAGCCCCAGCUGCGCCGGAGCCCCCUAAAAGUACUCCCCUCCUGGAUGACUUGCGAGCCAAGAAAGCUGCACUCCGCACCGUUGACCACACCCGAAAGAUCACUCUGCUGAAGCGCCAAGAGUCCAAGGGCAGCAAGACCGACAAGGCCAAGGCUAAGGAGGCGCCUGCAGCUCCAAAGAUCAAAAGUGUCGUCAAAACCACCAACGAGACGAGUGGCCCCGAGAAGCUCAAGAUUGAGAUCACAAAGAAUAUUUUUGCCAAAGCCGUUGAUAGCAUCGUUCCAAGCGAUGAACGAAGCCCCAAGACGCCCAACGAAGAGUCUGCCAAGAAGAAGAAGAGUCGUAGCGGUAAGAACAAGAGGGAUGCGCCAGAUAACAUCAACACCGGCGAUCCCUCCGUCUCGGCCUCAACGAUUCAAUCGUCGCCCAACACUCCGGCUCCCUCAACGCCCUCGAUUCGUACGGAGCCCAGUGUGGCCUCGCUCAAAUCGCUUCGGGCUAAGGACUCGGAGGACAACCUCAGGUCGACGGCCAACGGCGAUGCCUCCGAGCCCACCACGGCCUCGAAGCCAUCGAGCCGCAGUUCUCGUCGGCAAAAGAAGGGCGAAAAACAGGCCGAGGCUGCAGCUAUUGCUGCUGCUACCGCCGCCGCCGCCGCCGCUGCUGCUGCUGCUGCUGCUGCUGCAUCCCAAGCUCGUGUCUCCGAAGUGGGCAACGGUGCCGACGCAGUGGCCCAGCCAAAUGAUCAGCGACCGCCUCAGAAAGGAGCCAAGGAUAAGCGCCCCAAGGGUAAAAAGGAGCGCCAACAACAGCCGCCGCCUUCACAGCAGCCCCAACCUCAGCCUCAGCCACAGCAGCAGAACGGCGAGGCGCUCGCAGAUAAGCUCAAGGGCCUUGGACCCAAGGUCGUUCUCAUGAAACGGGACGGAACCACAAGCUCCUUCAGCGUUGGACAGGAUUAG